AGACGUUUCUGUCCCGGCCUCGGACGGUCCUGACAGGUGUCCAGUGACGUCUCCAGGUGUCUGUCUUAAGGUGUCUCGUUUCGCGACGUCUCCAGGUGUCAGUCUGUCCCGGGACCUCUCUGGGUGUCUGUCCCCAGGUGUCUCUAAGAGUCUGUGAAACCGUCUCCAGGUGUCCCGCCCCCCUCGUACGUCCCACCGCGAUGUUGUACUACCUGCUGGCCGCUGCCGUGCUGAGUGCAGCCGGGUACGUCCUGACCCAGCUGCUGAUGGCGGUCCCGCCUCGCCGCGCCGCCGUGUACUCUCAGCCCGGGCCCUGGUACCGACUCAAGUACUGGGCGUUCGUCUGCAUCAUCGCCCUCAGGAAGUGGAAAUCCAAGAACACUAAGGCAAGAGAAGGCAUGGCAGCUGGAAUUGGAGUCAAGUCAAAGAACAGCAUUGCAGAUAUGGAACAAGUACAGAAACUACAGGAUCGCCCAAAGGCCGUAGAUGCAGUGUACUUCAAUGGCUCUAACAGGGAUGGAGUGUACUUUGUAGCAGCAACAGCCAGGAGACCGGGAAAAGUCACCCAGACUGUUCUGUACUUAAGGUUCCCUGACAUUGGUCUCCUGGAACACCCGUCUCUCCCCGACACGUCCAUGAAGCGGGAGUCGGACCUGGAGUUCGCGGCAGGGGGGGUCUGUCUGGAGCUGGUGGAACCUAUGAAGGUCUGGAGACUGUCCUACAGUGGGAAAAUGAGAGCUGUAGACCAGGGUAACCAGCUGCUGCAGACGGAGUUUGUCCUGACCUGGACGGCCUGUACUCCGUACUUCGACUUUGACACAGACAUGGAGCCCUGGGCUGUGGCUGAGGCCAUGGCAAGAGAACCUUGGAGUCGGGAAUUCUUCCAAAAUCUACAGGACAUGCACCAGACACAUUAUGAGCAGUUUGGCACAUUUGAAGGGACAGUGAGUGUUGAAGGGUACCAGGACAAGAGGAUUAACAUCAAAGGGCUGAGAGACCACUCCUAUGGAAGGUACCGAGACUGGAGCCUGUUUCACCGAUACGGGCUACAGAUGGUGCAUCUGGAAGAUGGAACCUGUGUCAUGGUUGGGAUCGUAUCUAUGCCUGCCACCACCUCCAGGUUGGCUCUGGGCUACGUGAUGCAUCCAGAUGGUAGCAAAUCCUCCCUGUCCUCACUGGACUGGGAUCUGUCCACCUGUGGUGAAGACGGCGUUCAACCCAAGACGUUUGCUUUCAAUUUCAUUGCAGGAGGAAAAAAAUAUCACCUGGAAUGCAAGGUGCUUCGUGCACCGAUAUUCUACAUCGGGUUUGGAUGGACCGCCAAGAUCCAUGAAGGGUUUGCACAGUUCACCGUGAAUGGAGUGCCAGGGUGGGGUAUAGCUGAGUGGGACUACAGGAACCAUGGUGGCUUGCCUGAGGAGUUUCAAGGAGUGAAAGCAAAGUGACCUUCAACUUUAAGAGUCCUCUAAAAAUGUGCUCCUUCAGUAUGAUGUCAAAAAUAAAGAAUAUGAAAAAUCA